UCAUCCAUCAUGGCUCUAGUAUAUCCAGUCAACAAUUCUGAUUAUUCUACCCCAUGCUUCAUCUUUUGAUAUCCUGGUUUCUGUGAUACGGAGAAACACUUCCAGUUCCGCCAAAAUGGGCCUUAAAGCGUGCACAACGACAUCGGUUCCGGGAACUUCAUCCAAAGGUCGCGCGUGUAAUACUCGAGCGGGGGUAGCGACGGCGGGAGUGAGCCUUACUGACAGUGGAGAAUAUCCUCUUCUCUUGCGACACGGAGGUAAAGCUAAGGGAGAAAUAGCCUCUGAGGAAGUGCUGCCGACUCAGGAUGGAGGUGGUCAAAUGCAGCCCACAGCCAUGGCCCGACCAGGCCCUUCGACGACAACCACGGCGAAGAAACACGGCAACAAACGACCUAAAGAGGUGUCAUCGGUUAUUCAGCUUCGUAGAUCGACAUCAUACAAAAUGGGCCGAACAGCGCCUGGCACAGCAACAUCGAUGGGAGCGUCAUCCAAUGGUCGCACGCGUAGCACUAGAGCAGGAGUCGUGACCGCGAGGGUGAACCUGACUGGCAGUGGUUGUGGUCGAGAAAGCCCUAAUUCCUCCCGAGACGCAGAUAAAGCCGAGAAGGAAAUAUUUCCUGGGUGUUCUGAAGGGCCGCGGACUCAGGAUGGAGGUGACAGGGUGCAGUCUAUAGAUUCGGAUCGACGUCCAAGCCCUUCAACGAAGACAACGGCGAAGAAACGCGACGGCAAACGAUCCAACGGAAAACCUGCAUUUGCAGAAGAAUCUUCUGUGUCAACGCCGAAGAAGCGCAGCCGUGGUGGUCCGACGAGCCCAGCAAAGAGACGAAAACUGGAUGUACCGAUGCCGGUAAAGCUUGGAGAAGAAGCCAACGCUUUGACGAAAGCAACGUCCCAAGGCGAUUCACCGAAAACUCCAAAACGACGCGGCAAAUCUUCGAAGGGGAAUAAGGGCAUGGUGGACUCAUCGAUACCUGCCUCUCCCGUUAUAUCGAACUUUUCGUCCUUCCCUUACUUUGAUUUUAAUAAUCGUACAGCGGAAUCCUUUUCCAUCGGUCUACCUUCUCCUUUCUUGGAAGUUCUUUCAAGGAACACUCCCAGCCUAUGGGCUAGUAAUAAAGCUGACUUGAUGAUAUGGACGUCCAAGACGAAUACGAUAACUGUUUUCGUUGACCAAGAGAGUGCUAUUGGUAUUACAAUACAGGAUGAUGGAGAGGUGGAAUUAUCCAUCGCAAGAAGUCAAUCCAUAGCAAUCGAUUCUUUAGAUGCUUUGGAUGGGUCAACGGCACGCGAAAAUACAUCAGCUACUGACCUAGUUUACCCAUAUCCCUAUGCUGCAGAGCGGGGGUUCAAAAUUCCAGCCAUUCCUAUAUCGAACACACCCUCCUCUUUCAAACCUGAUUCUGUAAAUACUACUCUUCGUCCUUCGUCAACGGAAGCUGUAGAAAUAUCGUCAUCACCAGGCUCGCCUACCCGCGAACUGCCGCCGGCGUGUCAUCCACAGGCUUCCGGUUUAGUCUCCCGACCCAGAGAUCUCACUCCUCCAUCAUUACCAAUGUCGUCAUCGAAUCUCUCUCCAUCGAGCUCGGGCAGACCUACGCCCUGUGUAUACACACCACCUCCUGUUGCAAUAAGAGACGAAACGAUGUUCAAUUCGCAACAGUCUCACUUCCCAUUUGGUAGUGAUCAAGCACCUCUCCCGUCGAUACCCCCACCUCGGUCAAGGCAUUGGGACAGCAAAUUGGAUACCUACCUGCGAAAGACAUUUGCUCAAGUAGCGAGACUUCCUCUGCGUCAUAACAGAUGCUGGGACAGCAAGUGUGAUAAUCACCCACCAGAGACGUUCACCCACCGGUCGAGAUCACCUCCACCUCAUAACAGACGCCGGGAUAGCAAAUUGGAUGAUGACCGGCGAGAGACGUGCAGUGGGCGGCCGAGUUACCCUUCACCUGACAAAGACUCUCCACUGCCAUCUGUGCAAAGGCAUCCACGUUAUGAACCUAUAUCCGACCCUCCACCGGUAUCAGUUGUUCCCUUGCGCACUCAGAUGGACCCCGAACGACGUUCACCUGGACAUAGAAGCCUGCGAGCGUUUUAUCCCCCUCCUGUGGUAAAUCACCAGGCUCCGGGUACAGAGCGUAGGCCCCAGGUUUCAGCGUCGCGCCCAUCCAAGAGCGGAUUACCGUCUUUCAAGAAGAUUCGCAGCGCCGAAAGUAAUACACUUCCUCCGUUAAGUACGAACCGGCCUUCAAGCCCUCUCCUACCGGACCUGUGCACACAUAAACCGCGAUCUAUUCAGGCUUCUGCCACCGACGAUUAUGUACAAUCAUCAUCAUCAUUACCAUCAACGUCGGCACGCCGUCACUUCUACAUGUACAAUCAACCGGAUCUUCCACAUGGAAGAACGGAAUCUUCGUCGAGCGUGUAUAGCGAGCGCUUGGGCCUGUAUUCGUCUAAGAAUGGCACUCUGAGUUCUUACAUGGAGAAAAAUAGGCCUUUCCAAGGAAGGAAGUCCCUGCGACCUUUUGGUCAAACUGUGAUCCCAAGUUCUAACCGUCUUCGUACCUCGUUUUCUACAGCUGCGCCCGCUCCCAUCAUCAAGAAAGAAGGAGUAGACGGGAUGUACCCCUUCGGACCACCACCAUACGACGCUCAACCGGCAGUACCCUGCAUUUUGAAGAGACCUUCGCCUCUGUCGCAAGCUCCUGUGACUCCACCACUCAACAAUCAUGUGAUGAGACCUCGUCCGUCAAGCCCUGAUUCUCUAUACGCUCCCUUGUCAAGGACACAUGAACAAUUACAGGUCGAGCAAACUGGGAGCACUGAUCUGACGCGUCACGAGCAGAAUAUUUCUCAUUCUCUUCAGCAAAGUGCGUCGGAACCGAAUCCCAGCAUUCACGAGCCUCUGGAGACCGUGAGUGCAGAACUACAACAAUUAACCAACAAUAAUGUUACCCGUCGCAAGAAGGGUGGUUUGGGUUCUCUUCGGGCAGAUGUGCUCGAUGUCGUCGCACCACUUGCAAACGAAACCGAGAAGAUCGACAUUAAUGAUCUGCCGGAAGUACAGCAAUUUACCGACACCGACUCUCCAUUGUUACUGUUCGUGCCGUUGCCAGGAUACGGCUACGCAUCGCUGGGGUAUUUCCGCAACCUAGGCAUCGUUUCAGAGACAAGGACAGGUGAAGGCCGGGGAAAGAAAACAAUGUGGCGUGUGCGAUUGCGGUGGGUCGCGGACGAAGAGUACGGCGAGAUCGAGGAUGAGACUGUGGCUAGGGGAUGCUGGUGGUCGGAGAAGAGAGUUCUCGAUGUGCUCGAAGAUAAGCUAGUGAGAGAUCAGUGUCCCGGUCUUGGCAUAGGCAUGAGAGCUGCGGAGCGAUGGUGGUGUCGGGAGUGUGGUCGGGUUAAUCGGGAAGAUGGGUGGAGGUGGAGGAAAUGUUUGAGUGAGAAGUGCAAGGAUAAACUACCCGAGUUCCUUGAGCCCUUAUCUUUGGAUGAGGUUCGGGGCCGUAAUGACCGGAUGCCGUCGGUGCGGCCGCAUGAGAUGGCAUCUAUCCCUGGAAUUAUGACGACGACAUGGGAAGAUGGGACGGUGACCUAUAUGUAUCCGCUUUCGUCGUCUCGCUUGCUCAAGCACAUAUUCACGUGCAACCAUCCUCCGCUACAAGAGGAUGCAAACAAGCUAUGGAUAAGAUUGCAGGGCAAGGGAGUAGAGUUGACCCGUUGUCGUGGUGGUCCUUAUUAUACAUGCCUGUUUGGGGAGAAUAAGGAUGACUGGCCAGAGAGCGUUAAAGAAGCUAGUGAAAUCAUAUGUGACUCUGCUGUUGGCUAUGGGGAGUUCGCGUCCGGGAUGGAUAUACAACGGGCCGAGGUGCUUGCCUGGUUCAUUAAAGGAUCAGCAAAGUUCAAGGUAGGCUCUGUUUUCUCAGUCAGGUUCUGCGCGCCACCAGGAGUCUAGUAGGUAUAUUAUCUCUGGGGUGCGAGGUGGAGAUUGUCUUGCACAAGUGUCAUGCGGGGGUGGAGCUCCCUUCUUUGGAAGGCUUGCUGACGUUCAACGUGGAGGAUGGAACCCAGCAAGUUAUGGAGUCGUCGAUCCUCAAACCGACCUCGCCUCGGAAGAAGAAGGUUGUAGACGUGGACGACCUUUCAAUUCAUAUGGUGCACGGAGAUGUACUUAUUCUGUCUGGGGAUGAUUUUACAUAUAGUAUAAAGAGAUCUGGAAGUGGAAUGCUUGUUAUAGCAUCCUCCGGUGUAUAAUGUGUGACGCAA